GCUGGAAGCCUGGAACUUGUCAACAAUCACUUCCUGCUGUCCAAGGAAAUUCUGGGGGGUGUAGUCUUUUAUUCCCAGAUUGUCUGGACACUAAAAAAGGGGCGUCACUGUGAGAUAAAACCAAUCAGGGCAGAGAACAGAGAGGGAGCUGUCAUUAUGUAAUUCCCCCAGACACUGUAACUACGCCCUCUUAUUGUGUGUGUAUAUAACGGUGUAUCUGCUCUGCGCAGGAUCUGUCACACAUCCCUCACUUGUAUAUAGAAUAACUGUAUCUGCUCUAUAUAGUACCUGUCACACACACCCUCACAUACCUCCCAACGUGACACUUUCCAGGAGGUCCUCUCCACGAAGGGUAACUAGAUACUACCUUUUCGGGAGGGAUAACAUGCUCUCUUCCUGGACUUCUCUAUUAUUGUAUGAUUGUUGUCAUCUGUGUUAAACUAGUUAAUUUGUGAGGAAGGUGUUUCACCACAGGUGAUGGCAAUCAUAAAUUAAGAGGGAUGUCCAGGAACAGAGCGUGUUGUCCCUUCUGGAAUGGGCCAUGUUGGGAGUUAUGCAUGAGUGUGACUCAUCCUGUAUAUUAUGUGUGAUAGGCAUGACGCAGGCAUCCCGAUGUUUGUGAUCCUGUGAGGAAGAAUCAAAACACAUACUAGGAUAUUGCCCGAAGCUUGAAAAAGAAUAACAGCCUGAUUGUAGCAAUGGCGUCUGCAACUGUGCAAGAAGAGCAGAGCUGCUUAAUCUGUGAGAAUAGCUGUAUAUCUGUAACACUGUCAUGUGGACACACUUUCUGCCAGGACUGUAUUGAUCAUGCAUUGAAUGAGGAUGAAUCUGGAGACUAUAUCUGUCCUGAAUGCAGAGACUUCCCAGAGAUUCCUUCACUGAGUAAGAAUACAACUCUGUGUAAAACAGCAGACCGUGUCCUGCAUACUCAGCUGGUGCAGGAGGAAUCUCUGACAUUCUGUACAAACUGUAUCCACUCCCUUGUACCUGCCGUUAAGACAUGUCUACUAUGUGAGGCUUAUCUGUGCUCUGAUCACCUGACAGUACAUAGCAAGUCGGCAGACCAUGUCUUAUCUGUUCCCACAUCUCUCUUGGACAACAUAAAAUGUUCUGUCCACAACAAAGUCCUGGAAUAUUACUGCUACGAAGAUGCUGUCUGUAUCUGUGUGUACUGUGCGGCUGAGGAGCACAGGUCACACCACCUGGAACCAAUGCAUGAGGCCUCUAAGAAACGAAUGGAGAAACUAAGAAAUGUUCUAAAUAAAUUGACUGUAGAGAGAGGAAGGAAUGAGAACAGAAUCCAGAGUCUCCUGGAAGAGAAGAAAAAAAUACCCAGCAACAUAGCUAAUUUAACAGAAAAAGCCAAUGCAAUGUUUAGAGAUAUCUGGAAACAACUGGAAGACCUAGAGAAGAGAGUCCACAUUGAGAUCUCCAGGCACAAAGAGCAGGUAUCCCUCUCCAUGUCUGAGCAGGUCCAGCAGCUGGAAAUAAAGAAUGACGAGCUGUCCAGGAAGAUGUGUCACAUUGAGGAGCUGUGUGACGUGACUGAUCCACUAAUGGUCUUGCAAGGCUCAGCAGCAGACUUGCAUGAUGCUGAGGAGGGGGACAAUGACAACAAAGAGGAAGUUGAUAAAAAAGACUCAAAUGCUUGGGUUGUGGAGGAGUUUAUAAUUGCCCGUACAGUAUAUGAUGGCUUAAAGAAUCUUGUUACUAAAAUGAGUAAAAACUUUUGUGUGCCUGAACCAUCUGAUCUAUUACUGGAUCUGAACACGGCUGCUAAUAAUGUAGCCAUUUCCAGUGAUUUGAAAUCUGCAACUUGGUCCGUAAUAAGCCAGCGUCGCAAAGAAACACCUGAGAGAUUUCGACAAUAUCAAGUACUCAGUAUAAAGAGAUUUCUGUCAGGACAACAUUACUGGGAAGUGGAGACCAGUGAAUCAGAAUACUGGAUGGUAGGCAUGGCCUAUUCCAGUACAAAAACCAAAGGGGACCAGUCUUGGAUUGGAAAUAAUAAGACGUCCUGGUGCUUUUGCAGAUGGUUUAAUGAGUAUUCUGUUAGACAUGAUUGUAAAGAUAUUCAAAUACUUUCUGAAAUCACCUGUAACCGAUACGGAAUACAUCUUGACUAUGAGGCCGGACAGCUGUCCUUCUAUGAGCUGUGUAAUCCAGUCAGACAUUUGCACACCUUCAUCACCACCUUCACCAAGCCCCUUCAUGCUGCAUUCUGGGUAACAGAUAAUGGGUGGAUCAAAAUCAGGAGCUCGGAAUAGUGUAUGGUGAGAUGCUUCGGUGAUAAUCAGGAGAAAACUGCUUACAGGGAGGUCUAGUUAUAGGAGUCAAUUUUUUUUAAAUAUUGGGGUGCUCCUGUUACACCAGGGGUGGGGAACCUUUGGCCCUCCAGCUGUUGUUGAACUACACAUAUCAGCA